AAAAUAUCUUUGAUGUUAAGGUACCUGUGUAAUAUGAAAAUUAACGUUGAAACUCCAGGAAAGAAAACUAGCAUCGUUCAAUGUACUAGAUGUCAGUCCUAUGAACAUACGGAAACCUAUUGUGCUAGACCAUAUGCAUGCGUUAAAUGCAGAGGAGAUCAUAAAUACAAUCAUUUGUAAGAAUCCUGCUAAUACACCAGCCAAAUGCGCACUUUGCGAAGGAAGUCACCCGGCAAACUACAAAGGAUGCGAAGUAUACAAAAACCUUCAACAAGCUAGAGGAAAGCCAACAAAUAUGCCACGUUAUAACACUAGGCAAUCAAACAUCAAUAUAAAUGACACCAACCAAUUCCCUUCAAUCAAUACCAAUCAACCUCAAAACCAAAUGCACUCAGCUCCACAAAACUAA